GCAAAAGUUUAUUUAUUCUACUACAUGUGGAUUUGGCAAUUGAUCGAUUUUUUGGAUCUUGAUGCCAUUAAACGAAUUCAACUUGUCGAGGAUAACAAAAACUUUCUUUAUGUACCCAAUCGCGUUUCUGAAGUUUUGUUUGCUGAUUGGUUACAAAAUAAAGUUUUGCCAAAAAUCGAAGCAGAAUUUAUUUCACAAGUAAACUACCUAUAUACAUAUUUAAUUAUUAUUUUAUUACUUGAUUUAAUUAAAUUUAAUUGA